GCUCUCACUUGGGAGGCUUUAUUAAUAGUUGUCUGUCUUUGUCCCCUUCCUCACCCCUGCCAUUCCCCAGGCUCCAAGCUGCUCUCUGAGCAACAGGAGGUUGGGGAACUGAAAAGCAGCGGAACCAGAAGCGAAGGGAGCGGUGCGGACGGGGGAGUAAGAGACGCGGAGGACCGGUAGGCCUAGUUUCCAGGCCGCGGUCGGUCGCGGUUGCAAAGGGAUGGAACCUCUGCGUGUCUUGGAGCUGUACAGUGGCAUUGGUGGCAUGCACCACGCGCUGCGAGAAAGUGGUAUCCCUGCGCAGGUGGUGGCUGCUAUUGAUGUGAAUACUGUUGCUAAUGAAGUGUACAAGCAUAAUUUUCCUCACACACACUUACUGGCAAAGACAAUUGAAGGUAUUUCACUGGAAGAGUUUGACAAGCUGUCUUUCAAUAUGAUUUUAAUGAGCCCUCCAUGUCAGCCAUUCACAAGAAUUGGCCUACAGGGGGAUAUCACUGAUCCAAGGACAAAUAGCUUCUUAUAUAUUCUAGAUAUUCUCCCAAGAUUACAAAACUUACCCAAGUAUAUUCUUCUAGAAAAUGUUAAAGGUUUUGAAGUAUCAUCUGCAAGAGGGCUGCUGAUACAAACGAUAGAAGCUUGUGGCUUUCAGCAUCAAGAGUUCCUGUUAUCCCCUUCCUCUCUUGGUGUUCCAAACUCAAGGCUACGGUAUUUUCUCAUUGCAAAGCGGCAGUCAGAGCCCUUCCCUUUUCAGGCCCCUGGUCAGAUACUGAUAGAGUUUCCUAAAAUUGCAACUAUACAGCCACAGAACUGUGCAGUAGCUGCAGAAGAUAAGUUAAGAGUGCAGAGAACUGAACCAACUAUCUGCUUGGAUAGCAGCAGCAGCAGCACCCAGUGUUCUGGCAAAGAUACCAUUCUUUUUAAGCUGGAAACUGCAGAAGAAAUUGACAGGAAACUCCAGCAGGACAGUGACCUCUCUGUGCAGAUGCUGAAAGAUUUUCUUGAAGAUGAUGACACAAAUCAGUACUUUUUACCCCCCAAGUUAUUGCUGCGAUAUGCUCUUUUAUUGGAUAUUGUUAAGCCCACUUCCAGAAGGUCCAUGUGCUUUACCAAAGGGUACGGAAGCUACAUUGAAGGGACAGGCUCAGUGUUACAGACUGCAGAGGAUGUGCAGAUUGAGAAUAUCUUCAAAUCUCUUAAUGAUUUGCCACCAGAAGAAAAGAUAGCUAAGUUGUCAAUGCUUAAACUGCGAUAUUUCACACCCAGAGAAAUUGCAAACCUCCAGGGAUUUCCUCCAGAAUUCGGAUUUCCUGAGAAGAUAACAGUGAAGCAGCGUUACCGUCUCCUUGGCAACAGCCUCAAUGUGCAUGUAGUAGCAAAACUCAUCAGAAUCCUGUGUGAAUAAUUGGAAGGACCUCUGAGAGGUGUCAUAGUAUUCCUCCAAUUCUAGACAGUAAUUCUAAAAUUCUAUUUUGAACUAAUUCAUAUCAAAUUUAAAUGAUUUUAAUAGCAUUUUAGUGGAUAAUUGGGGACUUAUUCAAUGCAUGUCAAAUUGUUUUCUUAAAUUUAUAUUACUGUAUCCAAUAAACUUCACUUUGUUGUUUUGUUUUAUGGGCAAAUAUUUUUAUAAAGCUUUUAAAUAUGUCUAUUAAAUAUCUUUCACAUUAUGCUACAAACAAAUUAAGAAUGUUUAAACUUUUGUAUCUUUUUUAAUUUUUAAUAUUCUGUAAUACUUUAUGAAGUAUGACAUGGAUAAUAUAAUGAUCCUUAGAAAAUCAUUUUUGUAUGUUAAUUUUAAUAUUGUUUUAUGUAAUGGAGAAACCAAAUGGAUAUGGACCUAGAAGCUUCAUCCCUUCUGACUAGCUUUCAGAAGUGUUGGAAGGUGCUAUGCAUGCUACUGAAAGGAAAAAUAAUCACCAUUCUGUGAACCCUAUGAGCUACAGUAGUGACUGUCCUCUUAAGAUAUGCCCAUGAAUGUUAAGGGAAUAUCCAGCUGCUCUCUGAUUGGAUUUAAGGCCUGAUCAAUGAGAUAGAACCAUGCUUGGCAAUGUCGUCUGUCUGGUUCAGCAACCUGUGGCUCGAUAGGUCAUGGAUGCCAGCAUUGAGAGUGUCGAGGUGGGUAUCAAUCACACACUUGCUGAGAAGCUAUUGGCAUUUGAUAGCUGCUGGGAGAGGAAGAGUGGAUUUUCUUCAAGGGUGUAUUUUCUGGUAUUGAUCACACUGUAGGGCAGGCUUAUAUUCAAGAAUAUUUGAACAACACAAAUUGGACUUGAUUUUUUUUUUAAAAAAAGAAGACACAAAGUGGGGAGUUGGGGAGGGAGGGUGAAUAUGAUCCAAAUAAAUUGUACAACAAUCUCAAAGAAUUAAUAUUUUAAAAAAUAAAAAAUUGUUUUAAAAUCUCAAUCUUCUUGUUAAUUUAUCCUAACAAAUUGAUUCUAAUUCUAGCCUGUUGAAUGUUUUACUUAGUUUCAGUCCUUUUUUGACAAAUGCAUACAUUUUAAACCAAAUUAUCAUCAUCCAAAUUAGACAUCAGUGUGAAGAAUAUAUUAGAAAAAAAUGCUCAUAAAUACUUAAUCAUAUCUUUCUCAAAAGGCCUCAGAAAAUGCAAAUGCAGGUGAAUUAUCUAUCUCUUCAUUAAUCCUUUUUUUUCCCUGAGACAGGGUCUCACUGUGUAGCUUGGCUGGCCUGGAGCUUGGUAUGUCUGGAACUUGCUAUGUCUGGCUUCUAACUCAGAGCGAUCUGACUGCCCCAGCUUCCAGAGAGCUACAAUUAAAGGCCAGCACUACUAAACCAGCACUACUAAACCAGCACUACUAAACCAGCACCACUAAACCAGCACUACUAAACCAGCACUAC